ACGUGCGCUGGUCACACUGUGUGACAUUGAGUUGACUUUAGUUGCAUUAGUUUAAUUGCAAUUUUACUCGAUUUAUUCGCAAACAACUGAGCAGCCCAACGCCGAAACUCGCACGGCAAGAGUCCACAACACCAUUCGCCGCAUCCCGGAGAGAAUGCGCUAUCCUCGCGGCGAACUCCACGGAUUCAACGGGUUCUAGCGGCCGCGAGGUGUUCCGAGGAGCUCUGGGAUUCUAGUACCACCUCCUCCACUCCGCCGAACCACAACAAACGAUCCCAACCGAUCCAAUAUUAUAACUUACCGGCACAGGAUCCACAUUCGCGAUGCGUUCUCGCAGCAAUUCGGGCGUCCGUUUGGACUACUACCAGCGCAUAGUGCAUCGUCUGAUUCUGGCCCACCAGGAACCGGUCACCGGUCUCUUCCCCGCCUCCAAUGUGAACUCGCACGCCUGGAUCAGGGACAAUGUGUACUGCAUCCUGGCCGUUUGGGGCUUGUCCAUGGCGUACAAGAAGAUUGCCGAUCAGGACGAGGAUCGUGCCAAGUGCUACGAGCUAGAGCAGAGCUGUGUGAAGCUGAUGCGCGGCCUGCUCAUGGCCAUGAUGAACCAGAAGGACAAGGUGGAGAAGUUCAAGAUGACCCAGAGCCCCUACGAUUCGCUGCACGCCAAGUACUCCAGCAAGAACGGCCUGCCCGUGGUCGGCGACAAUGAGUGGGGUCAUCUACAGAUCGAUGCCGUCUCCCUGUACCUGCUGAUCCUGGCCCAGAUGACGGCCUCCGGUCUGCAGAUCGUCUUCUCCCUGGACGAGGUGUCCUUCAUCCAGAAUCUGGUCUUCUACAUCGAGUCAGCCUACUCGAUUCCCGACUACGGCAUUUGGGAGCGCGGCGACAAAACCAAUCAUGGUGAACCGGAGCUGAAUGCCAGCUCCAUUGGCAUGGCAAAGGCGGCCCUGGAGGCCAUGAACGAGCUGGAUCUGUUCGGAGCCCGUGGCGGUCCGGCCAGCGUGAUCCAUGUGCUGGCCGACGAGGCCCACAAGUGCCAGGCGGUGCUCCAGUCGAUGCUGCCCCGCGAGUCCAACAGCAAGGAAUUGGAUUCUGGACUGCUGUGCGUCAUCGGCUUCCCCGCCUUUGCUGUGGACGAUGCCCAGCUGAUACACAACACCAAGGACGCCAUUCUGUCCCGACUGCAGGGCAAAUACGGCUGCAAGAGAUUCUUGCGCGAUGGCUAUCGCACACCCAAGGAGGAUCCCUCCCGGCUCUACUACGAGCGCUGGGAGCUGCGCAUGUUCGAGAACAUCGAGUGCGAGUGGCCGCUAUUCUACUGCUACCUAAUCCUGUUCCACGCCUUCCAGAGCGACAAGCGGGCGGUGGAGGAGUACGCCAGCCGGCUGGAGAAGAUCAUGGUGCGCUCGGAAGAUGGCAUUCUGCUUGUACCUGAGAGCUAUGCAGUGCCGCAGGAUCUGGUGGGCUUUGAGUAUCAGAAGCCGGGUUCGCAGGUCCGCGAAGUGGUCGGUCGGUGUCCCUUCCUGUGGGGUCAGUCUCUAUUCAUCCUCGGAAGAUUGCUGCAGGAGGGUUUUCUGGCCGUGGGCGAGUUGGAUCCCUUGAAUCGUCGGCUGGGCGCUCAAAAGAAGCCGGACGUCGUCGUCCAAGUGGUCAUCAUUGCCGAGGACAACGAGAUCCGCGACAAGCUGGCCGAACACGAUCUGCACGUGCAGACGAUCGCGGAAGUGGCACCCAUUGAGGUGCAACCCGCUCGAGUGCUGAGUCACCUGUACACCUACCUGGGACGCAACAGGAAACUGGGAUUGAGCGGCAGGAAGUCCAGGGAUGUGGGCAUCCUCAGCACCAGUAAGCUCUACUCGCUGAAGGAUCGCAUAUUUGCCUUCACCCCGCAGCAUAUCGACUAUGAAGAAUAUUAUACAACACGCGAUCCCGAUUUGCUUGCCAGCAAUUUUACCACAAAUUUAGCAUUCUUGACCAACAAUUGGCGCCACAUGUUGGGCAGGCCGACAAUCACACUAAUGGCAACCCACUAUAUGCUAGAUCAGGACAAGAUUCCGCUGGCCAUGAUCCAGACGAUGAGGAAACUGAAGUCGGGCUACAUCAAUGGCACACGCGUGAUGCUGGGCAGCCUGAAGGACUUCCUCAACACCUCGGCCAUCACGGAUCUGAGCUUUCUGGGCAGCACGGAGGACGGCUAUCCGGACCGCCUGCAUCCGGAUGUGCAGACCUAUCUGGAUGAGCAUCUGCUGCGCUCGUUCAGCAAUCGCAGCACCAUGAAUCUGCGGGGCGGUCAGCUGCGUCCGCGGACAUUGAGGCGUCGCAUGUCCUGCAAAGGAGCCAUCAAGAAGACGCGCUCCAUCAACGUGGACUCCGACAACCUGGGCAUGGAGGGACCUUCGCCGCUGACGGAACGUCGCCUCUCCUCGAUUGUGCCACCUCCGUGGCUGCAGGCCAACAAGCAGAGCCACGUCAGUGUGUUCGCCACGACGCCGGAGGAGGGACCCACCAGCUCACCGCUGAGCCUGGGCAACGAGCUCAUCCGGGAGAACAUCUAUCCGGUGGAUCCGCACCACAGUCGCUCGGCGAUCGACAGACGCAGCGAGUUUGUCCGCCAGCAAGAGAUAACAGUGCCAAAAAUUCUAAUACAACGCCAUCGUGCCGAAACCAACUUCGCGGACACAGAGGUGGAGGAGCUGAUUGCGAUGCUGCGCGAAACGGAGAAUCUCGAGGAGCAGGGCGACAUCCUACAGUACCUGGUGGACACUCAGGGUCUGGACUUCAAUACGGCCGGCCUGGGAUUUAAGAAUAAACCGGAGGAUAAUGGCACACCCACCUCGAAUGCCAAUAACGCCGAGCUCGAGCAAGCGUUUGUGGAUGAUGUGGUGCUGGAACUGGCUGGUGGUGGUGCUGCAGGUGCAGGUGCAGGUGCAGGUGAUGGGGCCAAGAAGAGCCCAACGAUUGUCCUGCCCAAGGUGAUCAUCGAUGCUGCUACAAUUCCAGCCGGCACUGGCACCGAUCCGGAUAGUGCCGCUCAUCCGAGUGCCGCAACCGCCGCCGCCGCCGCCGCCGCCACCGCCAGCAGCAAUAGCCAGUGCAUCGGCAACACUAGCAACGUUAGCAACGUUAGCAACGUUAGCAGCAGCAGCAGCAGCAACAUCAGCAACCACAACAACAUGAGCCCACAUGAGAAUAACCACGAUUCUUCCCAAUCCGAAGGCAUGCUCGAAGAGGGACGCGUGGUGACCGUGCGGGAUCUGCUGAAGGGACUCUACGAGAAGGCCUGCCAGCAGAAGCUCUGGGGACUCGUCCGUCACACGGCCGGCAUGCUGGGCAAACGGGUGGAGGACUUGGCCAAGGCGGUCACGGAUCUGCUCGUCCGGCAGAAGCAGGUCACCGUCGGAAUGCCGCCAAACAAUGAGCACACCAUUACGGCGCCGCUGCCGGAAGUCGAGCUGCGUCAGCUCAUCCACGAUGCCUAUGGCGACGAUGAGAGUACGGCGAUGCUGACGCAGGAGCUGAUGGUCUACCUGGCCAUGUUCAUACGCACCGAGCCGCAGCUGUUCCACGAGAUGCUGCGCCUGCGCGUCGGCCUGAUCAUCCAGGUAAUGGCCAAGGAGCUGUCCCGCACCCUCAACUGCGACGGCGAGGCGGCGUCGGAGCAUUUACUUAACCUCUCGCCCUUCGAGAUGAAGAAUCUCCUGUACCACAUACUCAGCGGCAAGGAGUUUGCCGUCAGCAGCGUGGCCCGUGGCAAUCUGUCCAUUGUGAGCUGCAAGAGCAGCCGCGUCAGCAAGAAGAGCCAAAUCGGUCUGGGCGAUCCGGAGGGCGAGGACGCCCUGAUAGCCACCAUUGACGACAGGCAGGGCCAGUGGCUGCGCCGCCGGCGGCUGGACGGCGCCCUCAAUCGUGUGCCCCGCGACUUCUAUUCGCGCGUGUGGACCGUGCUGGAGAAGUGCCAGGGUCUGGCCAUCGAGGGACGUGUCCUGCAGCAGAGUCUCACCCAGGAGAUGACGCCGGGCGAACUGAAGUUUGCGCUGGAAGUGGAGACGGCACUCAAUCAGAUACCGCAGCCCGAGUACAGGCAGCUGGUGGUCGAGGCCCUAAUGGUGCUCACGCUCGUCACCGAGCACAAUAUGGUGCCCACACUGGGUGGCAUCAUCUACGUGGAGCAUCUGGUGCACAAGGCCAAUCAGCUGUUCCUCGAGGAUCAGCGCAAGGUGCAGGGCGAUGCCACGCUGUGCUGUGCCAAGAUCAAGGACGGCAAGGAGCAGCAGCAGGCCGCCUCCGGCAUGCUACUCUGCGGCGGUGCCGCCUACAUAUGCCAGCACCUCUACGACAGUGCACCCAGCGGCAGUUAUGGAACCAUGACCUACAUGUCCCGGGCGGUGGCCCUUGUGCUCGACUGUGUGCCCAAGCACGGCGAGAUGGAGUGCGCCAUCUCCUGAAGCGGUCGGCGUUCAGUUGACUUAAUUAUAAUGCCAAAAUCUCUGCAACUCUGGAUACGUCCGUUCUUGUUCUCGUUCUCGCUCGCACGCAGUCUAGCGCCACUCCCUCCGUCUCUCUCUACAUCGAUCGAUCCUGCCUCUUUUUGCUGUCUCUUUCUUUCUGACCGCUGACCCCUAACCCCAAGCCCAACGACAGAGGGCACAUGUAUAUAUUCUUUUGACCGACGACCUCUUCCCGCCCCCGAAAAACACUUUGUUAACGUGUUCGUUUUGUUCUGACCAAAAAUGAAAUGUGUAAGCCAAUUUGAAAUGGUAUUAACUCACAUAUGUAUGUGCUGAGACCUUGGAAAGAUACUCCAUAAACUACACCCCAGAAACGAUCCUAACCCCAAUCCCACAUUUAGUAAGCCAACUCACGCUGCUCGAUACAGAUUUGUGUUUUGUACUGGCGGCUGUUUUACAGCGACAACUAUUUUGAUUGUUUUAACUUUUGUAUAUUUAAAUGACCUUAUUUUAUAUAUUAUAUUAUACGUUUGAAUUGUAAAGUUGAACGCGCAGCAAGUUUUACAAUAAAAAUGUGUUUGCAAUGUU